AUGGCUACUGAAACAAGAUUUCAAGUUAAGAAAAAUAAUAAGAAAUUAUUCCCAUAUACAAUUAUUACUAAUUCAUCAUCGCGUAUAUUAUCACAAGUUAAUCCCUUUAUAAAUUCAAGAUUAAAUUUAAAUACAAACACAAUGGCUGAUUCAAGAUUAUUAUCAAAAGCUCGAUUCGAUGAUUUAUCAAAUUUUUCCAGACAUCCUUCUGAGGAUGUCGAACGAUUUUUGAAAAGCAUUGAAAAUAUUACCAAAGUUAAUGGUAAAUCAGAAAACCACGAGAUUCUUGAAAUCGUGCGUGGUAAAUUAACUCAAUCAGCAGGAUUAUGGUUCGAUAAUAAUGAACAUAAUUUAAAAAAAUGA